AAAACGAGCCUCGUUUUGAAAUGUAAAUCGUUAUUCGUAAUAGAAAAAGACAUAUUCCGUUUAUUUUGGAGUCACAAGUUAAGACCAUGAGAGAUGUCAGGAAAAAUUGCCAAAAAAAUCCCUAAACUUCGGAAACAGGAGAGCAAAGAUAACUUGCGCCAUGUGGACCUUACAAGUCGCGACUGCCAGGAAAUAGUUAACUCAGUGAAACACACUUUCUUGGAUAGUCACUACAAUCCAAUAUGGGAACUGAAAACAGCAUCGCUUGUCGAAAACAGAGAGUUGCAAGAGAAAUACAGGGUCAAGAAGUCAGAAAUGAAGGAGGAAGGACGCAAGGACCUGGCAGACCACUUUACCUUCCAACUCCAUCGCGACACCAAGGCAGUCCCUGAAAUUGUAAAGUCAGGAAUGCAGUGCCGGACUGGGAAUUACAAUGGACUGGGUGACAGUAAGAUGGGUGUUUAUGUGUGGCGCAAUGCUGACGUCUUGAUGAAAAUAGCCGAAAGCUGGGGUUCCAACUCGUGUGUUCUGUUGAUCUUUAAGGUGAUGAUAGGAAAGUGCAAGACAAUAGCGCCACCUUCAGGCUCUGACCAGCCUACAAUUGAGCCUACGCCCAACUUUGAUUCUCACAUACCCGUUACCAUGCCCAGACCCAGUGACAACAUUGGCUCACAAAUGGCCAAAUCACAGAUUUACUUGUAUGAGUACGAUGAGGAUACAUGCGAGCCAACCUCCACCCCACGUCAAAUCUUACCGUAUGCUGUCCUACUGUACGAGAAGCUGCAGAACCAGAUUGCAAAACCAGUGUCAACUAAACUUGAUCAGUACUCUAUCAAACCUUCAGAGAGGAGCCUAUACCGAAACGUGCGAGCACACACAUCAAGAGACGGUCAGGCAGUCAAUCAAAAGGAUGCACCUUCAAAUGAGGAAAUAAAGGAAAGUGAGCCACCAGUGUCUGUUCCACCUCUUGUAAUUGAAACAGAACUGUGUGUACCUAGACUGUCAGAUCCUAGACUGACUAAGAAAAAAAUGCAGACAGAGAAUGUGGUUUCUUCUCCCUCAUCGGAUGUUAAAGACUAUGAAUAUAGCCUUUGUGUGCCGAGGUUGACAUCUGGACCUCCUGUGCACAGGGAAAAGCCUCCAGUUGAGUCUGGUCGUGCUGGCAGCAUACCCCCUAAUGAUCCACUGUCUCAACUGAGUUAUCUUACGUCAGGCCUGAAGUCCAGCAUGUAUCAGCCUUCAUUUGGGCCUAGCGAUGAUGAGGGGGAUGCAGAUGAAACAGAAAAUAAUGCCAUGGAUAUUAACAAGUUUCUUAAAAAGCCCAGAAUGCCCAGUUUACCUGAGAUAAAUUUACCUUAUAUGACAGACACAAGACAGAUGAGGGAGAUUGAAAACGAGCCUCACCCUGUUCAGAGGGAUCCAAGGCUUAACAGAAGGCAUAAUGAGCCGCCAGCCAGUAGACAUGUUGUUAAUAAAUCACAGAAUGAUAAAACCGCUCAUAUGCAUAGGCAUACUUACCAUAAAAACAGCAGUAGUAGUUCUGAAAAGUCGCUGAAGAAGUUGUCAUUAAAUGACUAUAAGAAUAAGAAUAAAAUAAUUGCGCAACCAUACAGCGAAGGACCAUCUACAGAGGAUUUGGUGUCACCAGAACCCCUAGCUCCACAUCAUGCAUCCAUUAUAGCUAAUCCAAAUAUUUGCGCAGUAAAAUACCCACAUCUCCGACAACUGCAGCAACCUGAUACUGAAAGUUUGCAUUCAGACCGUGGUGAUGAGUCAAAACAUAAAAAGCCUGAAAAUUUUAAUGUUAUAGGUAGGACUUCUGAGCUGAAUGCAAAUGGAGAAAAAAGAAAUGCUGAUCAAACUUUUAAUACUAAUGAAGCUGGUUCGAGAGAUUUGAGUGUUCAAUAUUUUGAUCAUAUUAGUGCUAUCGAUAUGGACUUAGAAUCUGGUGAAACUGAUAGUGCAGCUGUUACAUUGGGUAACCUACGCCACGAUCCAAGAUCGAGUCAUUAUGAGACUCCUGGUAGUGACAGUGGUUAUACUAACAUUGGUAAAAACUCAAGUGAGAUGGAUCCGGAGAAAGACUUAGUUGAAGAUUUAGACGAUAUGGCCAAGACGUUAAAUGAGUUGUCUGACCCAGAAGAUGCAGAGUCUUCAAUGCGAGUUCCUUCACCAGAAAUCGAUGACCCUGCUCUUGCUGGUGCAAUGCAGAAGUUGGUAGAACAUUCAGCUAAUGUGUCUCUCUUCACAGAGGCCUUAAAAAGUCUCCAGGAAUCUGCCGAAAAGUAUGGCGAUAAACUGAAGGAUCCCGAAUUUCUGGUUAAAAAGAUAGCAGAGAAAAUUGAGGACCUGACACGAGAAAAGGAAGAAAGAGAAAGAAAGGAAAAAGAAGAAGCUGAGAAUGUAGAAGCUGACAAAAUGCAAGAGGCUUCAAAUGAGGCAGCUCAAAAAGAUGACGACAACAAACUUCAGUUGCUUUUAGAAGGUUUUGAUGAAAAUGAGGAUUUAGACCUAAGAACAUUAGUUUCAGUGUCCCAAAGCACUUCUUCUACACUAGAUGUUCCCUCUGGUAAUAUAAUGUCCCCUGGUAUCAUGUCUCCCGAUAUCAUGUCCCCGGAUGCCUCUAAUGAUACUCUCUAUCCAGAUACUCCAGUGAAAUGUAUUCCGCUUGAGUCUACCACUGAAACAGAUGAUUCAGCUCAAAGCAAAGACUUGAAAGACUCCAUUAAGAAAUCUCUUGAAGAAUUAAAAAACGUGGAAUGUGCUGGCAACAGUGAUACUAAUUUUUCUAAUACUAAACAUCGUCGCAAAAAGAAAAGUAAAUUUUCAGAUAUUGACCCAGGUGACAUGCCUUUUUCUCCUAAAGUAAGUCUGGUGGAUAUUCCUAUUCCCCCAAUAACUGAGUCUUGUCGAAAUUCAGCGCCAACUCAAGAAAACGUCGAAUCAACAGCAAGUGCUACUUUAUCACCUGUUGAUGUUAGAAAGCCAUUGCCUGGUUCUCUUGGAGAACUUGUCAAACAAAGGCAAGCGAAAGUUGCAGAAAAAGUUUCUCAUUCAUCCCUACAUAUCAGCCAGUCUGAUUCACAUUUGAGUAGUUCUCACAUUAGGUCAAGUAGCAGGAAAAGUAUGCAAUACGAUAGGUCUAGCAGCCUUGAAAGAGGCAUCAGGGAUCGUCGGAGAGACAGAUUUAUUGUCAGAGGAAGGCACGAAGACAAACAUAGAUAUCGUGAGAGAGAUUCCACAAGACGCAAGUCAAAUAGUCCCAACAGCAGAGAUUGCUCAACAACCCAUCGAAAAGUUGAUGAUCAUAAACAUGAUAGUUUAAGCAUAAGAAAUGACAUCAAAAGGGAAGAAACAAAGGUAGAUAAUAAUGUUGUUCUUGAGAGAAAUAGCAGUGAUGCUAAAUGUAAUAUUGAUAUAAGUGCUAACAGUAUUACCAACCAUGCAUCGGAAAAUGUUCAGAUUGCUGAGAAAUCAAAAUCAAGUGAUGAUAUAGGAAAAAUGAUACCUAGUCCAAAGGGAAUAAAAGAUAGACUUUAUGUUGCCGAUUGUUUCGAAGGUAACGAGGAUGAAGAUAUUGAUUUGAGGAGUGGAUUUCUUCGACCAAAGGCUGUUCUUCCUGACCUGAAAGCAAAACUUGCUAAACCCAAACCACAAAUCAAAUUUAGUCUCUUGUACAAUAAACCAACUGCAGAAUAUAAUCAAACAUUAGAAAAGCGGAGAAGUCCAAUUAAAAAUGUUAAAGUUAAUGUUUCUGAAAAAUCAUAUCAGGAUUAUAAUCGGAGUAGUGAAUCUAAAGAACACAGAGUAAAGGAUCCUUUUGGCUUAGGAAUUGUAGAAGAUAUUGAUGAGAGGAGGAAGAAGUUUGCCCCAGAACGUGAUAUUGACAUCAAAGAAGAGGACAAAAACUCUCCAGAGCAAAUAUUAAAGAAAGUAACCAGCGAGGAUAACUUUCAAGAGGUCCAAAUGGAGUUAGAUAGUGACAAUGACAGUGCUGACGAAGUCAAAAGUCAGGUAGAUUAUUAUGACAUUGAUUUAAGGACAACGGAGAACAGCAAAGAAAACUCUCAAGAUUCGGCUGGUGACUAUGAUUUUAGAAAGGAACAUUCAAGAAGCCAUUCUAGAAGUAAAUCACCUCAAAGUAAUGCCCUGUUCGAUGCAUAUGCACAGAACAAACCUGACAAAAGUAGGGUUGUGACAGAUAUGCAGUAUGGUGAUUAUGAUUGGAGAAAUAAAUCGUUGAACACAAAAGAAAACGUGCCCACUCUUCCCAUCAGUGGUAAUAAUGCCUUUAGUACUAUGACAUCUAAUUCUAUGUCACUUGGGGGCUUGCAGAGCAUAAUGCCAGGUCUAGAUUUCGCCAAUCUAAAGACAAUCCUUGCUAGUGUCUCACAGACCACUGGUGGGGGAUUUUGGAAUAUCGGUGCAUAUACAGGACAUGAAGCAACUGGCAACUUUAAAGAAAAUUCCAAAGCAAUACAAAAGGAACGUCUAGCAACGAUACCCGGCUUCGGUAGUGAUGAUGAUGAUGAUGAUGAGGAUGAGGGAACGGAAGGUAAUAAUGAAACCAAGAAAAUUGGGGGCUUCUGGAAUCGAGCAAAAGUGGACAAUGAGAAUUCAACUCAGAAAAUAGACAAUAAAACCAGUGGUGGUUAUGGCGAUCCUGGCAGUUUUGUUGAUCAUAGUCUGCCAGAGGCACGUAUUGAAAAGAAGGAAAAUUCCCCAUCGGAAAAGGACAGCAUGGUGCGAAGAAACCGCAAGGUGAAACCGAUACUUGAUAUGAAGAGCUUAUUUCAUUCAGAGGUGAGUCGCUCAAAUAAGUUAAAGGCAAAUGAAAGACUUUUGACAGAGGUGAUGACCACAAAAGUAAAGGAUACGACAGCCAGUUUUACUGGGGAGACGCCUUCAACGCCUGUUAGGAAAAAAAAGUACGAAGGCGAAGAUGAUUUUGACGACGACCCUUCUACGCCUCUUCACAACAUGUCUUACCACUCAGCCCUGCUUGAAUCCAUGGAGCAGUCUGCACUUAAAAUUCGGUCUGAAGACUCGCUCUUGUAUGAUAUUCCUGAGACACCAGACCAGAUUGAUAAGGAUCUUGAAAGUAGAAAUGCACAACGGAAAGAAACAACCCAAAAUGCAGAAAGAAAAAGAUGCUUGGAAUCAGCCCUGUCAAGUCCCCCUGUACAGAAACAAUCAAAAUUGGAUGAAGAUGUGUUGCUUGAAAUCACCGACAAUCAUAAUGACAUCGAAGAUGAAGAGGACGAUGAUGACAAAGGUUUAGUGAUUGACAGUGAUGCCGAUGAUGAUGACGAAGGUCUGGUCAUAGAUCUGUCUCCAUCAAACACUGUGAAAUCUGCUGAUAGUGAUCAGGUCGACCACAGUGCUGUUGAUCCGAGCAACAAAACUUAUGACAUUUUAGAUGACUCGCUAAAUGCUACCUUUGUCAACACCGACGACAUGGCGUCAGCAUUAGCAAAGAGUCGAAAAAACAUGGUUAUCAAAUUAAAAGGAGACCAUAAGAAAGUAAACACGGCAACUGGCAAGAUGUACAAUGAAUCAAACAUGGGCUCUGCUAUAGAGGUUUUGGGUCAGCACUUGAAAAGAAAACAACCAGCAGUCGACUCAACUACCUCAGACAAGGUCUCCUCUGAAACCUCUGGAAACCUGAUCAGUUCUGAAUCUAGACCCAAAUCUGUUUCCUCAGUUCAACAGACUUAUGGCAAUAGCAUCCAUGUCUUAUCAAAAACAUCUGUCAGUGCUGGCGGGAAUGUGAUGUCCACUUCUGUGACUUCAUCUAACUUCCCAAAGACCACUGUUCAUGUAACGAGUGGUAAUGAUGCUCCCAUAGAUAUGUUUACAGAUGCCCCCAUGCAGUAUCUUAGGGCGUUUCAGUCCUUUGUGCGACCAGGUUUGCCACCAUUGCUGCCAUAUCCUCAACAACAUUCAGGUCAGGAAAUAAAGCCAGUACCUGUAUGUAAGCAACAAUUUGGUGAGAAUCAUUUUACACUAACUGAGCAUGGGCAAACACAUUACAGUUUUACUCCCAACUAUGGGACAACUGUGGUGAAUUCAUGGACUUUGCACGAACCAGUGUCACAAAUGUCGACGGCAAAUACAUUCACUUUGAGACCCGAAGUGUCUAAUAAUUCGAAAGAUCCAUUGAACUGGUUCAAGGACAAAGUCAGCCCUGUUUCCUACCCACAGAAGAAAAUAGAUGCAAGUGAUCCUUAUAACUGGUUUGCGGAUAAAAUUGGAAGAAGAAGUGGCAAAAAAGAAGAUGAUAAAGCAGCCUUCGGACAGGUAAGUUCAAUCAAAGAAGAAAAAAUGAAGGAAGCAAGUCCAAAUUCAAAGAAUGAGACUUUGCUGACUCAGUCUGAAAAAAAGAAAAGAGUGUUGAAGGAAAUCGACGUGACACAUGAUCCCAAAAAAAUUAAAAUGGAUCAAGACAGGGUACAGGAAAAGAUGUUACUUGAUGCAUCAAAACUAAAAAGGGAUGUGGAAGAUAAUAAAACAAAAGGAAGCCUGGAAAUCAAUAAACGUGUUAAUGAGUUUGGGUCCAAAAUUCUUGAGACUCUGUCUGAGGUGAAAAAUGUUAUCAAAACCACAAAGGACCAGAUUAGAUCAGCAAAUGUAACUUCUGGUAAUUGUAUUGUAAUAACGCCUUCAUCUCCAUCAACCUCUGGAACAUUUUCCAAAAAUGAAACUACACCUUCACCAGUGAAAACACAAAAACACACACCACUAUCCAAGACUGAGCAGAAUCAAAAACAAUACCAAACUCCAGAAAAAAGUAUUAAAAAGGAACCUAAGGCAGAAAAGAAAAGUAAACAAAGUGGGGAAUAUAUUGUUUUAGAGUCUGAAAAAGAAGAUGGAGAAAUAUCUGAUGAUUCUGAUGUGGAAAUUAUAGAUGCACCUCCUGGUAAAAAGAAUGAUACAAGAAUUGUAAGAAACAGAAGCGGAUCUGACUCUAGUUCUCACAAUAAGCAUGGCGACUAUUAUAAUAGAAAAACAAUUGAAGACUCCCCAAAAAGGUAUGUGAAUGUGAGAAAGGACUAUGAAUUUGGAAAACGGAAUAACAAUCAGGAACAAAGGCCUGGUCAGUUAUGGUCGGCAAUACUUGUAAGUCCAGAGACAACUAGCGUAGAACGGGAAAGAAUUAGAAAUGAUAAAGAGAGUGAACUGUUGCGGACAGUUGCAUCCAUAGCUAAAACGAAGCAAAAGGUACAAGCCACAAGCCAAGUAAAGACACUAGAGGAAUGGCUGAAAGUGGAACUUGAAACUGAUUCAAUAAGCCAUUUACAGGACAUUAUUCCGUUCCCCUUGGAUAUGGAUUUAUCACAAAUGACCAAGGUAAAGCGAAGAAAACUGAAGAGCAGAGUGAGAAACAUUAUACAGGAGGAGGGCAAGAAACACAGUGUGGGGACAGCAGCAAUGCCUUCAGGUGGAUGGACGAAUGACAACAUGUUGAAUUUUCAACCACACACUUCAUUUGGGACUUCCCAGGGCAGAAAUGCACCUCCACCUUGGAAUAUUGAGCAUCAAAAAGUUCACACUGGGGGAAAUCAACAUUCCUGGGGCGCACCUGCGUCGGUCAAUGACGAGGAUGCCAGCUCUGCGGGGGACAUAAGGCAUGUCACAGUAAGUCAGGUACAUGGAAGGCCCUUGUUGGAAUCCAGUACACAAGAAUCUAAAGGCAUUAAACCACAUUAUUACCCAGAGGUGCCUAGUGAUCAGCUUCAAAAAGAACUGAAAUUAAUUCAAGAGACAUUAACUGUGUUGAAUGCACGUGUCAAUCAAAUGCACUCCAAUUUUGUGAAUUUAACUGCAACAGAAUCUUCUGAACUGAGGAUGAAAAUUUUAAACGACAAAAAGAAAAUUUUAUCCAUGAUUUCUGUGGAAAGUGAGAUCAGGAUGUUGCAAAAUCGAACCAGUUUCCAUGGUUACCCUCAUCGGCGAGUUCCUACUGAACUUCUUCUCUCAACUGAACUUGGCACGUUUAGGUCCCCCGUUGAGGAUGUCUUUUUGAUUCUGAUGAUGCCCAUUUCUCCGAAACCGUAUGCAAAACUUUUGCAGUUAAAGCAGGAAUUUGAAGAUCUCUUUGCACAGAAAUCUAAAAUCGCUGUUGGUGACGCUACUACCCUAAUAAAGCUUGAUGCAGCCAUUAAAAGCUUACACGAUCAGCGACAAGCCGUACUACGGUCCUUUACAGGUUACCUUAACAAAAAACGUAUACAGAAAAUUCAUGAGACGGUUGAAAAAUACACAACAGUUUAUGAACAUUUUAAAUCUAUGGUUCCGCCGACCCAAGAAUCCAUGCUGAAAUACGUCAGAACGACACAGAUGGAUCUACGACAGCAUUUGAUUCUUGCUAAACAGUACAUGGCAAUGGAAGAAUCCAAGAUCCACUGAGUGAGAAACCCUGGAGUACAGUACAAUUGACAUUAUUAAAAUCAAUAAUAGAUUAUAGACCUCAACGUACAAUAAACCACGUUUAAUUUGAAUAUUUUACAUAAACCCCAUAUUCAUCACUUUUGACAAAUCAAAAUCAACAUGAUAGAACACAUAAAUGUAAGCACUUUUAAGACAUUGCCUGUUGUGACAAAGUAAAGUCUAUU